AUUUUUAGUUGAAUGACCAUUGCUCCAAUUUGAGUAAAGUUCAGGGACCAUAACUACAAUUUACUCUUGUGAAAAAACCUGACCUGCCAAAUAAGUUCUCCGAAUAUAACAAGUUAGGCGAAGGUGGAUUCGGUGCAGUUUUCAAGGGAAUGCUUAUUAGUGGACAAGAAAUAGCAGUAAAGAGGUUGUCAAAAAGCUCCGGACAAGGUGUACAAGAAUUUAAGAACGAGGUUGUAUUGGUAGCCAAGCUUCAACACAGAAAUCUUGUCAGGCUAUUAGGAUUUUGCUUGGAAGGAGAAGAAACCAUACUUGUUUAUGAAUAUGUGCCCAACAAAAGCCUUGAUUAUUUUUUAUUUGAACAUAAAAAACGAGAACAACUAGAUUGGUUGAGCCGCACCAUGAUAAUUGGAGGAAUUGCUCGAGGAAUUUUGUAUCUUCAUGAAGAUUCGAGGCUUAGAGUUAUACAUCGUGAUUUGAAAGCUAGCAACAUUUUAUUAGAUAGCAACAUGAAUCCGAAAAUAUCAGAUUUUGGGAUGGCUAGAAUGUUUGGAAUUGAUGAUCAAACUGAAGGAAAUACCAAAAGAAUUGUUGGUACUUAUGGUUACAUGGUUCCAGAAUAUGCUAUGGAAGGGUUGUAUUCAGUAAAAUCGGAUGUCUUCAGCUUCGGAGUACUUCUGCUUGAGAUCAUAACGGGGAGAAGGAACUUUUUAGGCUUUCAUCGCACAAAUUGUAAACCUACUCUUAUAGGUUAUGCUUGGCAAUUAUGGAAUGAAACGAAAGGGUUGGAGUUGAUGGAUCCCUUGUUAAAAGAUUCCUGCAGUCCAAAUGAAUUUUUGAGGUACAUCCACAUUGGACUAUUGUGUGUUCAAGAAGAUGCAAACAACAGGCCGACCAUGUCCUCAGUUGUUCUUAUGUUAAAAAGUGAAACUAUUAUUCUUCCCAGACCUGAGAAACCAGCCUUCUUUACAGGAGGAUAUGUUGACCACCAUGAUCAAGUGCGUCCUCAAGAUUGCUCAGGCAAUGGUUUGACCAUUUCUAUCGAUGUUCCUCGUUGAGACCGAUGACAAUAAGGUUAAUAUUUUGGAAGUUCUUCCGUUAAAGGCUCUUGAGCUGCAUUUAGAGACAAUCCUAUAAUCUUUACAGUUUUUCUUUCACCUUGUCAUUUGUAUAGGGUAAAUGUUAAUUACCAUGCGCUCCCUAAUAAUCUCGAAUCUACAUAAUUUGUUAUUACGCAUCCUGUAUAUGACUAGCAGUAUGACUUGAGUAGUGUUAUUUUACAUACUUAAUAUGUUUUGAGUUAAUUUGAAUAGUGGUCCAUAACUUGUUACAAUCUGUAACAUUAUUUAUUUUUGGUAAUCACGUUAGAAUAAUUCCUUUUA